ACUUUGGGCGUCCAGCAACAAAGAUUUCGUAUCUAAACACUGCUCGAUAACACAAUUUCAACCUAUACAGGUGCACAACACAAAUUAUUCAAGUGUUACAAGAUCGCUGCUCAUAAAGAAGUGCCCGAUCGAGAGAGAAGUUUACAGUGGCACAAGAUUCAACGUCCGGACACGGCGAUCGUGGGUGCCAUUCAAAUACAGACAAGGAGAAUAUUUCGAAUUACUUCAAUCAGAGGAGGAAUAUAUAAAGGUGACCACUGAAGGCCUCGAUAAGAGCAGUUGAGAAAUAAUAUCUACAAGUGAACAGAGAGCAACUUCAAAUAUGGCAUCGUCAACCUCUUCCUGCAAAGUCGUCCUGGCUUCCUCAAUCGCAAAAGCUCUUACCAAUCAAGUUCGAGAUGAGAUCGCGUCCUUGCCGCGACCACCACACCUCCAUGGUUUUCUCGCCAAUCAAGAUCCUGCCGCUCGUAUGUAUGCGGAUUGGACAGCCAAAACAUGCAAGGAGCACGGCGUCGAAUUCACCCUUCGCGAAUUUGAUCGAGAAGACCUCGAAGACGGACUACAGAAUGCCAACCAUGACGACUCCAUCGAUGGCAUGAUCGUCUACUACCCUGUCUUCGACUCUCGCCGAGACCAGACGCUGCAGUGGACCGUCAGCAUGUAUAAAGACGUUGAAGGCCUCUCUCCGCAGCUUAUCAGCAAUAUGUACCAGAACAUCCGCUUCCUCGAUGUCCCGACCAACACGCAGAAAUCCCUCUUGCCGUGCACACCCCUAGCGAUCGUCAAGAUCCUGGAACAUCUCCAAAUCUACAACACAUUUCUCGAUUACGGUAAGCGUUUGUUCGGCAAACGUAUCACUGUCAUCAACCGCAGCGAGGUCGUCGGCCGACCACUGGCAGCUCUGCUCGCCAACGACGGUGCAGAGGUGUACAGCGUGGAUGUCACGGGUGUGCAACAAUUCAGCCGUGGCUCCGGACUCAAGAAACAAAAGCACGAAUCGCGCGAACUGGAAGGAUGGACAUUAGAGCAAUGUCUUCCCUUGAGCGAGGUCGUCAUCAGUGGUGUGCCUGGUGAUAAAUUUAAAGUUCCCACAUACUUGAUUCGUGAAGGGGCUGUUUGCAUCAACUUUUCCACUGAAAAGAACUUCACGCCGGAUGUCAAGGACAAGGCGUCCAUCUUUGUGCCAGCCAUUGGCAAGAUGACAAUUGUGGUACUCAUCCGCAAUUUGAUUCAAUUGGCAAGAGCGCAUGACGCUCGUCGCGAGAGGGAAUCCCGAUCGCUUUAGAGAACAUUUCGCCAUGAAAAUCUCGUCAAUGUCAAAGAUAGUUGGGCGUUGUCAGCAGUGUCCGGACGUGAUACUACUUCAGAAGUAGAGAACAGCCAAUCGGAUCUUCAUAAUUCUGGGCAUGAGCGAUCUAAGAAUGGCAUAGGAUAUCAGGCGAGAACACAAAUGUGAUGAUACAUGAGAAUCAAAAUCUGUCUUGCUUGCAGUCUUCGUAAUGUACUACCG